CGCACCAUAGCGCCAUAGCUGCAAUGACGGUGGCGGGCCGUGCCCUGUCCCUGGCGGAUGAGUUGGAACGCUGGAUCCAAUUGGCCAGCAGACCGGUCGCGCCCGAGACCCGCUGUGUGGAGGUGGCUACGGACAUCACCAUGCAGGACAUGGAAGAGUGGGAUCAAGUGGAGGCUGAGAUGUCUCCGGACGAGCGCGAGUUCACGGACGAGAAGGCAGAGGCGCUGCGCGCACAGCUACAAGAGCUGGCGGAAGAGGAGCAGCGGCUCAGUGAGGAGUUCGCCAAUUUGAAGGCGGAGCUGAAGCAGGAAAAGGCCUUCAAUCACCAACAGAGCCAAGCGCAUCAACAGCAGGUGCGGAAGCUGAAGGCGGCGCUCAGCAAGCGAAAGAAGGAGGCGGAAGCCAAGGAACAGCAGCAGAGAAAGGAGAAAGAGAAGGCGAAGCAAGCGCAAGAGGAGACGGAGCGGGAGGAAGCCAAGCUCCAGCAACAGCUACAGCAGGCUCGAGAGCUCAACCAGAAAUUGAAGGACAAGUUGCAGGAGUCCAGCGGUGAGACCCACAAGAGCAAGUUGAACGCUUUGAGAAGUGAAAUCCACACCUUGAACCGCUACAUGAAGGAGGAACAUCAGAAGGAGCAGCGGUUGAGACAAGAGCUCGAUAAAGUGGCGGAAGAGGAGAGCCAAAUCCUUACGGAGACCAAGCAGUGCAAGGCCAAGGUGCGGCUGCGGACCUCGCAGGCCACCAUGCUGAAGCAGAUGGUCAACGUGAGCAGUGCAGAGCUGGAGGGCUGGAGCGAACAGGUUGAGCGCUUGCAGAUCCGCAAGCAGGAGGCGAGGGACACUGCCAAGGAGCGGCAGGUCAUGGAAAAGUGCGCCAAAAAGUAUCAGAGACGGCAGCAAGGACUUCCAGAUGAGAAAGACAGCGAAGGCAAAACCAUUCCGUCGAAUCCUUCCAGCGGAGGCAGAACCUCGAGAUCAACGGGCUUGUCCUUGAAAGAGACCAGCGUCAGCAUCUGGAAGGGCACGAUGAAGAAAAGCGUGGUGAUUGAGAAGGGCACGAACGCCAAAAAUCGAUCAUGAUGUGACUCAGGAGAGAGGUAAAGGGGCCAGGGAGUGACAGAGCUCACCUGGUGCCUUUGGAAAAU